GGAUCGUUUUGUAAUUCGGGUCAGGUGACUGAUAACGCUGUCCGACUUUAUGUAUGGUGUCAUUAAUCGGAAGCCUCCAACAUCAUACCGACGAGGUGAUUUGCUGCGCUUUCUCCGCCUCCCAGUUGGCCACAGGUUCGGGCGACAAGAGCCUGCGACUGUACAAUGUAGCCGACCUCUCCGAGCUUCCUUGCUCUCCCCUUUCGGGUCACGGCUACGGUGUGCGCAGCUGCUGCUUCACUCCUAGCGGGGACUACCUGCUCAGCUGCUCCGCUGACGGCUCCGUGCUGGUGUGGAGCUCCAAGUCCGGUGAGGUGGAGUCGGAGUUGCGCCACCCUGAACGCAGCCCCCUCAGAGUGUGUGCGAUCGCCCCCGAUGCCUCCCUCCUCAUGGCAGGGGCCAGUGAUGGGACACUGGCCCUUUGGGACUUUCCUUCCCGGACGUUAAUCAGGUGUAACACAGUGAGUGAGGCCAGCGUGGCGGCUUGCUGCUUCUCCCCUUGUGGCCGCACGCUGGUGACCGGGUGUACCCUGGGAGACUUACGUCUUUGGGAUGUGGACGGCGCCCUAAUGUACGUGGAGAAAGACGCUCAUGACCUCGGUGUCACCUGCUGCACCUUCGCGCCACAGUUUGAAGUCGAUGACAGCCACGUGCAUGUCCGACUUGCCUCCUGUGGACAGGACAGCCGCUUGAUGAUAUGGAUGGUAACCCGUUUACAAGGACAUGCAUAUGUUAUAAAGCUCCUCCACGCACUGUCCAGUCAGUCUGCUCCAGUUCUGUGCUGUGCCUUCUCCUCUGAUGGCCAACUUGUUGUUUCCGGCUCAGUGGACAAAAGUGUUGCAGUUUAUGACACGGAGUCAGGAACACUUCUGCACACUUUAAAACAACAUGACAGGUAUGUGACUGCAGUGGCCCUCUCUCCCAGCAUAGCUUGCCUCAUGGCUACUGGCUCCAUGGAUCGAACAGUUAACGUGUGGAUGAUAGGAGAUGGACAUAAUGAAACUAGAGCUGAGUUGGAGCAGCCUGUCUGCCAAGGGAGGAAGCAGCCAUCCCGUUCCUCCAGGUCGCUGCUCCCUGAUUGGUCGCGGGAGGAUGUGCAGGAUUGGCUGCGUGAGGAAGGACUGGACGCCGAGCUGGCUGCUGUCUUUCAAGCCAACGGAGUCGACGGCCGCCAGCUAGAGCAGCUGAGCGAAGACGCGGUCUUAAAGAUGGGAAUUGAGUCUGUUGAGGUCUACGGGGUUCUCCUGAGAAGAAUCCAAGCCCUAAAGGUGGAGCAGAGCACCUCCGACUGCCCUGACGAGUUCAUGUGUCCCAUCAGUAGGGAACUGAUGAAGGAGCCAGUCAUCGCCUCAGAUGGUUUUUCCUACGAGCGCGAGUCCAUCGAGAGCUGGAUUAAAGGGAAGAAUAGAAGCAGCCCAAUGACCAAUCUUCCCCUGCAGACCACAGUGCUCACCCCCAACAGAGCCCUGAAGAUGGCCAUCAGUCGAUGGAAGGGGAGCCAACAACAAUCGUGACGUGACGAGGGCAUACCGGCAAAUCUAGAUAUUCACAAAAUCCUCAUUUUACAAGUACGCCUAAAUUAUGUCAGUCUACACCAGUGGUUCUUAAAGUGUGUACAAGUACUACCAAUGGUAUGCCGGCUCCCUCUAUUGGUAUGGAUUAAAUGUUCAACCUUUUUAGACUGCUUGGAGGGAGGGCUCAAAAUCUUACAAGCUUUGUCUUGUUGGUGACGACACUAAAAAUAGUUACUCCUCCCUAACUCUUGGACCGAUUGAAAUCAAAUUUGAUAGGUAUAUUCUUAAGUAGAGGUCGACCGAUAUGGCAUGAAAAAAAAUUUCAGCCGAUUGCAGAUACCCAAAACCGAUUUUGAUAUACGUAGAUUAUAAAGACAAUUAAAAAAAAUGCUUCAACAGCUUCAAAUUUACAAUUAUGACCUGAGACUUCAAUUAAUUCGGCCUAGUUCUUUCAAAUCAUUAAACCCAGCAGGACGUCACGAUGAGAUGUAAACAAGUGAGAGUUUGAGAGGAUGCUCGCAAUGCUAAAGCUAAUGCUAAUUCAAAUGCUAUGCUAAUGCUACAAGCAUAGACUUUACUAUUAGUUGACGAGACGUCUCCUACAGACAUCAGGCAGCGUGUCAUGGAGCUUUUGCUGCGAUAAACUCAAGCAAGCAGCGUUCCAACGCCGGAUUUAGGUGGAAACAUAAACAGGACGAAAGUUUUAUCGCAUACAAGCAGGCAGGAAUGUCUCAGAGUGAUUUGGUCGAGGAUUCAAGGUAAUUAUUAUAUAAAACAGCCCCAUGCAUGCACUCUGAAACGUGAAAAAAAUGAGUGGAAAAAUUUGCGUAACUUUAGCUUGAAAUAUUCACGUAAAAAGAAUGAUUAUUGUCCGUUUUAUUUUUUUUAACCAAGAAUCUAGACUGUUUUAUGUUCAUAUCGAUAGAAAUUCCGGGAUUCACGCAUUUGUUUACAAGAAUUUUCAACUUAAAAAGCUCUUUGUUUUGUGAUGGCCGCCAUUUUGGAUUUUGUAUCCAUAGACAAUAGCGUUAACUUUACAUUCAGAUAAUCAGUUUUGGCCAACUGCCAAUUUUUCAGAAAAAAAAACUAGCAAUUUAGACAUUUCUGCAUCCAUACGAAAUCCAUAUGUUCAUUUUAUGUAACAUUUGAAUCUAAAAACGACGUGACCCAGAUAGCUGGAAAGACUGAGGCAAUAAUGACAUCAGAAUUAACCCUUAAUAAAUUGUGAUUGUAUAUAGAAAAAUGCAAAAUUUGCUUUUUAAGAUGAAAUUAAGAUGAUUUUGCAUGCUGCACUCAAGUAUUGUUUCUGAUGUGAAAAUUGAUUAAUUUAUUAGCUGUUGAAAACGUGUGUGUAUGUAUGUAUGUAUGUUAAAUUUGUCGCUAAAAACGUGAUAAUUUAAAUGUUGCUAUUGAGCCUAAAAAUAUGUGAUUAUCUCUGCAUUUGGUGAUUUUUUUGUGUCUGUGUGUGUGCAUGCAGCGUAAAAUCUGAGAAUUUUAUUGCCAUUUUAAGUUUUGUUUUACUUAUAUACAAAUAAUCGGGUUUUUACUCGGGAAUGACAACAUUUUUUGAUGCCACUGCUCAUGGAGACACACAUGCUGAAGGGAGGUGCCUGUUUUGGUUUUUGGUUCUAACGACUUUGGUUUUGAAAAUAUUAGAAUUUUAAGUUUUUUGAAAAUAGGCGCCCCGAUUCCCGUCAACUGAUAGUGAAUCAAUGCUACAAGUUACAUUUAGAGUAAAAAGAUCUCUUGGUAAACACCUUAAAAGGCUAAAGCAACAUUGCAUAUUCUCCCAUGUAAGAUAAAAAAGAAAUAUCAAAACAAUAUUUACAAAACAGGCAAGUGUGACGCUUCCUGUAGCAGCCUGCCUUCAAGCUGCUGCGGGGUCCUUCUGGGGUCCUACCAUCAGUCAGCAGCAGCAGCCACAGUUGCCCACACAGAUGCCUGAUCAAAAAAAAACUUGUUUGUUAAUUGGGCGAUUUUUUUUAAUGGAAAAAAGUGGCUAGCCAAUAUCUCGGUUGACCUCUAUUCUUAAGGAUGUAUACGAUACAUAUGUAUAUGAUGUCUACAUGGAUCCUUGAAUCCUGAUUUUAAAUCUUGUAGUCUCAGCGCUGAUUAAUUACUGACUUGUUGUUGCCAGUAGUGUGCAUGUGUUUCAAGUGUGUUUAUCAUGUAUCCGCGCCAUAUUGAUCAGCAUUGCACUGCCCUUCUAGAUGAAAUCGAAUGAACCUCUAAUGCUGUCAAUGGUUGAGAAUGAGUUAAUGUCGACCCUGAUAAAUGUUUAAAAAUCACUGGUCUAGACAUAAGUUACUAAACUGCAUCCCAAAAAUGAAAUACUGCUACUAACUACCACAACACAGGCUCACUGACACAUUUUCAAAACAUUGACGUGUUUGUCGUCCCUCGUGGGGUCUUUAUUUCUCUCCCAUGGUUGCCACGGUAGCACAACUCCAUUUACAGUAUGCGACCACAAUACUGACGAAAAACAUGGCAUGGAACGGUAGCGUCGAACAUCCAUGUGAAACCGCAACGAGAUAAGGUGUAAACUGCAAAUGUAGCAUGCACUUCAAUCAUUUAAAUGUCUUCGUAGCUGUGCAAAAAUAACUAUAUAAAAUAUAUUGCUCUUACAUUGAAGCCAUUGGUA